AUGGAAACUCUUCUUUUAAAUGCUUGGAGAAUGACAUCAAUUGAUGGAUGGUCUUUGAAUUCAACAAAUGAAAUGAAAAAAAUGAAAAGUUUUAUGGAUAAUAAUAUAAUGUUACAAAUUAUUUUACCAUUUUCAAGUAAAUAUUUUAAAAACAAUCAAAAGAUUUUUCAUAAGAUAAUGCCUUUUGUAAACAAGAAUAUAAAUGACAAAAAUAAUGACACAUUUUAUGAAUUAAAUAUUUAUAGAAAUAAAACUAAUAUGUGGUAUCUAAAUGAAAAACAGGACAUCUUAACAAAUUUUGAGCAUACUAAUAUUACAGUAUAUCAUUAUAAUUAUAUGGAUAAUGAUAAAAAUAUUAAAUUACUACCACUUAACCAUACAACAGCUAAAGAUAUUUUUUCAAUAUCUUUAAAUAAUAAUAAUAGUCACAAAAGUAUUACAGAAAUCAGAGAUUAUCUUCAUUCUAUUCUAGUUAUUUUAUCAAAAGCUGUUAUAUCUAAUACGAAAAUACAAGUAUCAGUUAUUACUUUUUCAUCAAAUAGAAAUCAAUCCAUUUUAUUUAACUUUGGCAAACUAAAUACUUUAUUAUCAAUUUCAGAAAAGUUGAAUUAUCUCAUAAAUGAUGAAGGUGAUGGUAACCCAGAUAUAAACAAUGUAUUAACAUUUCUCUAUAAAUUUUUUAAUUCACCUACAACAACAAAUAAUAUUCGACCAAGUGCAUACAAAAAAGUUGUUAUUUUAACUCAAGGUUAUUUUAGUAAAAAACAAUCUACUAUAGAUGAAUUAAAAAAACUAAAAAAAAUUAACUUAGAAAUAUUUUGUAUUGGUAUUAAAAAAAAAAAAAGUAUUUUAUGGAUAGCAAGAAAAGAGGAACUUUUAUUAAUUGCAACAAAUAGAAAGAAGGUAGGAAUUUUUUCAUCAUUUCCUGAUAGAAUAUUUGUUAGAAAGAUUAUACCAGCAGCUUGUAAAUUUUAA